GAAUGACCGGAAAAUAUUUUAUAGAGGAAAAAUUACUCACUCCAGAACAAAAAAAGUUGUUUGAAAAGCAUAAUAAUGAAAGUGCGAAAGGUUUAACUUUUUAUUUAGAAAACGGGCAAAAAUCAACAACAUUAACUUAUCGUGAUGCUCGCCGAUUUGGGGGUUUUCGUUUACAAACUUUUGAAAAUUACAAAAAAAUGGAGCCUUACAAAAAUAUUGGAAUCGAUCUGCUUGAUGAAGAAGUGGAUACUGAAUUAUUAUUCAAACAUUACCAAAAACGCAAAAUUCCCAUCAAAAAUGCUUUAUUAGAACAAAAAAUAAUUAGUGGAAUUGGCAAUAUUUACGCCUCAGAAAUACUUUUUGACACUAAAAUUUAUCCUUCAAAAAAAACCAACCAGCUUACUGAAUCAGAAGUAAAAAAUAUAAUUUGUUCGGCUCAAAUCAUUCUGAAAGAGGCUUUGAAGCGAGGAGGGACUUCGGAAUUCGAUUUUGUUAAUCCUUUAAGCAAAGAGGG